AUGGCGCACACCGCGGACACUGCAAGUCAUGCACAACAAUACGACCCACUCCAUCACAGACCUGAAAGAGGCCACCGCCCUGCUCCAGCCGCUGGGCCUGCCAGAGGACUCUCUGACCCACACCACGCCGCCAGGGAACAACCUACCCGCGCACAGAUGGAACCCGGCAACAACCAAACCGUUUGUUCCCCAAGGAGAGAGACUGGAGUUACAUGCUACCACCACCACCUGAACCACAGGACUUUUGACCCCAAUGUGCUACCCACAAACAAAAGUACACCCACCCACUGCAGUCCGCAGCUCCCUAUAUACCUACAGGGAUACCACUCUCAGCUUCACUCUGACUAUCUGACACCAGGAACUACCAGAGGGCACACACGGCCCCCCACAAGGGACUCUCAAUCUAUAGCGGCCCACACCGGACUCAAGGCGGCUAAAAGUUGGGUGCUUUUUACUAGCAAAACCGGACUAUGA